ACGCCUUCAGAAGAUCAGGCUUCUGCUUCUUUUCCGCUUUUGAGCUGUUUCUGAGCAAAAGGAGCGAAAGACUGUUAGUUGCCCUGAAAUUACAGGCUCAGGACCACGCCUGUGUUUGGAGGAGGAGGAGUGGGUGAAGGCGUACGCACAGAAACAUUUUUUGUCAAACUUUACAGCUGCAGAAGAGCGCAGGGCAGAAGAAAAAAGUUAGAAAAUGUCCGGCGUGGCAUCCACACUCGCCAAGAAGAGAGCCCUGGCGGCUGGCUUUGGGACGAACUCCAAUGCCGUGAAAUAUCUGAACCAGAACUUCGAGACUUUGAGGAGUGAGUGCCUGAGUCGCGGACAGCUUUUCUGUGAUCCCGCUUUCCCAGCCGCUCCCGAGGCCCUGGGCUUUAAUGAACUCGGUCCACGGUCGUCAAAAACCAGAGGUGUUGAGUGGAAAAGACCUGGGGAAUUGACUUCCAGUCCGGAGUUCAUAGUCGGAGGAGCUACAAGAACAGAUAUUUGCCAAGGGGCUUUAGGUGAUUGCUGGCUCUUAGCAGCCAUUGCCUCUCUGACCCUCAAUGAAGACGUUUUGGCUCGUGUCGUACCAUCCGAUCAGGGAUUUGGGCAAGACUAUGCUGGAAUUUUCCACUUUCAGUUUUGGCAGUUUGGAGAAUGGGUGGAUGUGGUGGUCGAUGAUCGAUUGCCCACUAGAGAUGGAGAACUGCUCUUUGUUCACUCCGUCACAGGCUCUGAGUUCUGGAGCGCUCUGCUGGAGAAGGCCUAUGCAAAAGCGAAUGGAUGUUAUGAAGCCCUUUCUGGAGGUUCCACCACAGAAGGUUUUGAGGAUUUCACCGGUGGGAUUGCAGAGAUGUACGAGCUGAAACGUGCACCGACCAACUUGUUUCAAAUCAUCAAGAAAGCCCUGGACUCUGGAGCUCUGUUGGGAUGCUCAAUAGAUAUCACCAGUGCUGCAGAUUCUGAGGCUGUCACUUAUCAGAAGCUUGUGAAAGGACAUGCAUACUCUCUUACUGGAGCAACUGAGGUAAAUUACAGAAGUCGAAAAGAAAAGCUGGUCCGGGUCCGGAAUCCUUGGGGUCAGGUGGAAUGGACUGGGGCUUGGAGUGAUAACUCUUCAGAGUGGAACGCUGUCGAUCCAUCUGAACGUGAGAAUGUGAAAUCAGAAGAUGGAGAGUUCUGGAUGUCAUUCUCUGAUUUUGUGAGGCAGUAUUCCCGCCUAGAGAUCUGCACUUUGACUCCAGACACGCUGACGUCUGACUCGCUCAAACACUGGAGUGUGUGUAAAUUUGACGGCACCUGGAGAAAAGGCUCUACGGCUGGUGGUUGCAGGAACCAUCCAUACACAUUCUGGAUGAAUCCUCAGUUUAAGAUCAAACUGGAGGAGGAAGAUGAUGAUCCAGAUGAUAAUGAAGUGGGCUGCAGUGUGGUAAUCGGUUUGAUUCAGAAGAACCGCCGUAAGAUGAGGAAAUCUGGAGAAGACAUGCACACUAUCGGCUAUGCCAUCUAUGAGGUUCCUUCUCAGUUUCAUGGGCAAAAGGAGGUUCAUCUGGAUAAGAACUAUUUCCUGACUCAUGCUCAGAAAGCUCGAUCUGAAACCUUUAUCAACCUGAGAGAGGUCAGCACCCGCUUUAAACUUCCUCCUGGAGAAUAUCUCAUCGUCCCUUCUACAUUCGAUCCGCACAAGAAUGGGGAUUUUUGUGUGCGCGUGUUCUCCGAGAAACAGUCUGAGAUGCAACAAUGUGAUGACCCUAUAGAAGCAAAUAUAGAUGAUGAAAUGAUGUCCGAGGAAGAGGUUGAUUCUGGCUUUAGGGGCCUGUUUACUAAACUUGCAGGAGAUGACAUGGAGAUCUCCGCUUCUGAGCUGCGAACGAUUUUCAACAAAAUAGUUGCAAAGAGAACAGAUAUCAAGACUGAUGGUUUCAGUUUGGAUACAUGUAGGGUGAUGGUCAACCUCAUGGAUGAAAGUGGAAAUGGUAAACUAGGAUUAGCUGAGUUUGCUACACUUUGGAAGAAGAUUCAGAAGUAUCUGGUCAUUUAUAAGAAGAAUGACAUGGAUGGAUCCGGCUGUAUGAGUACACCAGAGAUGCGAAUGGCUUUGAAGGAAGCAGGAUUCUCUCUGAAUGACUGCAUUCAUCAGAGUCUGGCUGCACGCUAUGGAGACGCAGACAUGACCAUCGACUUUGACAACUUUGUGUCCUGUGUGAUGCGCCUGGAGAUGAUGUUCAAAGUGUUCAAGAGGAUGGAUAUAGACAGCAGCGGGUUCAUUGAGCUGGACUUCUUUCAGUGGCUGUCAUUUGCUAUGAUUUAAAGGCCCAGAGGAUGACUAUAUUUGUAUUUUACUAGAUAACUUGCACAAAUUACAAUCAUAUUACUAAAUGCUUAAUUAGUAUGAUGGACCACCAGGAAUUUGUAAAUGUGUCCAUUGUAUUUGCUACAGAGAAACAAGUAUAAUUGGCUGUUGUUUUGUUUGUAAUGCACUUUCGGUUUAUUGGCUUGCAAGGUAUCAUUUUAAUAUUUUUUUUUUGCUGCUGACCGUCAUCUAAGUUGUACAUCUAAGUAGUGCAAAAGCAAUUGUGUGCAUGUUAGUUUCACAUCGUUUCUGCCAUUUCAAAAAUCAUGUUUGUUGAUGAUAAAAUUUGUACCACAUGCACUGUACUUGAACCCUCGCAUACAGCACAUAAAAUUAUUGUGCUUUACUAUGGCCAGAUGUGUGAUAUUCACCUGGUCUACAGUAAAAUCAUUUAAUUACAUUUCAUAGACUACAGGGAUCAGAUUUUAUCAUCAAACUUCUGGCCAGUAAACAACAGCCUAGCAGAAUGUUAACCAUCUAGUAAUGCUAAUGACACACUAAUAUCAUAUAAUCAACAGUAUAGGAUCAUAUAAUCAACAGUAUGGAACAAUCAGUAGUAGGGAUAUAUAGUUGGUGGUUCAUUCCGCUGUGGCAACCUCUGAUAAACCAGAGACUAAGCCGAAGGAAAAUAAAUCAAUGAAUGAAUAUAGGAAGGACUGUCUUAAAAGUAGACACACUUUCACAGCAAAAAACCAUUUGCUAUUACUGAUCAUUGCAUGUGCUACUAAAACUGCAAUUUUGAUUUAGGGUCUUUAAUGCACACAUUCUUCAUUACAACUUUAUUUUGUAGGAAACUUUGCGCAAGUUAUGGUGAAAAGUGUUGUGAUUUGUAUAUUCAAUUUCACGAUGUACCUUUAACAGCAUUGAUCGAGUAAUACACAGUUUCUAUUCAGAAUACAGUCAGUUAGAUAGACCUAAGCAUUAGUUGUUAAAGCAUACAACGAGAUAAAAAUAUAUUUAAGCAUUAUGUACUGACAACUGUUUUGUAAAUCUAUAGAAAAUAUUGUGUUUAUAAUUUAAAGAUGUGGCUCUGCACAAAGUUCCUUUAAGGCAAGUCAUUUCUCUCUGCGGCCAUCUUUGAAAUGCCAGUAUGCUCGGGCAUUCUGUUUGAAUGGGCAAACAUUAAAUUCUCCAAAAUUGCUUGCCAAGCUUACGAUUGAAUUUUAUAUUAGGAAUCCCCAAAAAAUUAAACAGAAACUGUCUCUUUGGUUUUAUUUCUAAACGUUUGAAUCGCGCAAAAUCCCCCUCCCCCACAGAAUCGUCAGUCUAUAGAGAUCAAUGAUUGGCUCGUGUACUAGAAGGCGGGGCUUCAUUCGCCAAAUUGACCUUUAAACUUUUCCACAUUCAAAACUAUACGAGUGACAUGUCUUGUGUAUUCUAUAGUCUUUGGCACAGUGUUUCUAGUUCCGUGUGUGAGCCACUUUAAAUUUGAUCUCAGUUAAGCAGUCUAGAUCGUUAAUUUAGAACUGUGGUCUCAAACUCAAUUCCUGGAGGGCCACAGUUCUGCAGAGUUUAGUUCCAACCACCUCCAACAUCACACAUGCUUAAUACUCUCUAGAAGUCUUGAUAAGCUUGAUUAGUUGGAUCAGCUGUGUUUGAUUGGACUUGGAGGAAAACUGUACAGAGCUGCGGCCUUCCAGGAAUCCAGUUUGAGACCUAUGGUUUAGAACAAGGCAGAUCUUAAAAUGUGACCAAGUAUUGACAGGAUCAUUCAACAGAAAUGCUUAGGCUGGCUUAUCAAAAUCUACAGUCAUUUGUUGUUUUCUAUACUUUUAAAUUUAAUUUAAGUCUCAAGUUUAUUAAGUGUGUCUCUCUUUGAUGCCUUGCAAGCACUGUUUUUUCUGGUGUUUCCUUGUGUAAACGGAACAUUGUAUUGUGGACCAUUUAGAAUUUAUAAUGCAAUCAGUAAUAUUGCAGCCUUGUUGCUGUCAAUUAAAUAAAGUUAUCUUUUAUUAUUUUUGA